CAUGUCCAUGUCAAUCUUUCAGGGACAUCCUUUUCCUCCACUCGUUGACGUUUCAGAUCCGAAGAGGAUGAUGCAAGCGUUCCCUCUGCCAGUAACACAGCAACUACUCGAGAAGACCUCGCUCGCCGCUGGCCCAGCUUACAACUUCCAGACUUCCAGGCUCAUCUGUUCCUCUUGACACUGUCGCAGCCAUUUCCCAGAUCAAUUCCCGAAGAGUUCUUGUGUGUUUCAGCGUACGGAGGUCCUUUACUCGACACAUGAUCUCGACCUGUUCGCAAGAACCACUAGCUUGUCCCCCUUCCCCGUCGCUCCUCGGCCUGCGUUGUUCCCUGUGAAAUGCGGACCUGGUAGAAAAGAGACGAGUGUAUCACAAUCCCUGCGGCAGGCAUCAUCAAUAAAAUCGCAGUCACAAUGUUGGCUUCCAAACCACCAUACACGGUCCCGACUAUCCCAACUACUACUCAGCAGAUUCCUGUUCGAAAUUUCUCGGAGGCCACGCAGAGAACCCAGAUGUCUUCGCUGGCUCUUCAGGAUGGGCUGUUUACUUCCCCUACCGAUUCCGAGUUCUCCGAUGUCUAUGAUGGGCUGGAAUCGAUAAGAGCAUGGGAUGAGAAGAAAGUUGGGGAAUGGUUACACACUAUUCGAUGCGGGCAAUACGAAUCGCUGUUUCAAGCCAACAACUUCACGGGAGAGAGUCUGUUGGAAUGUGACCAGAAGAUCCUCUCGGAAAUGGGCAUCAAGAAAAUUGGUGAUCGUGUACGCAUCAAUGUUGCGAUCAAACAGCUUCGCAACAAAUCCUCAUUACUACGCACGAGGAGGAACCGUGAUUCUUUGGCGAUUCUCGAUGGGUUUGCAGGCACACCUUCAUCAUCUGAUUCGCCUCGAACGCAUGCCUCAAAAUCACAAUCCGGUAGUGCGAAGAGGUUUUCCCGCCAGAUCGAUGCGUCUGCUCUGCAAAACUUCAAUUCAGCAAGCACAGGAUUCAAAGUCGGCUCACGUCCGAGUUCGCCGUUGGCUGAUAUACACAGCGCAGGCUUGCGGGCACACCGAUUCGCAGGAAGUCCCCUGGAUAAUAGCAGAACUGGCCAAACCACUGGCUACUUCAGUCAGCCAGGUUCAGCCAGUUCAACAUCUGGGAAGCGACCCGAGAAUUCACCCCAGGUUACGACUGUCCCCUCCAGAGCCAAUCACCUGAGACAAAACUCUAGUAUCGAUGGUCUCACCGCGGGUGGCUUGCCCAUAGGGUCUCCUGUCAUAAAGAUAAUUCACAAUGGUGGACAGACGAAAGUCGUCAACAUCAAGUAUUGCAAAACUGCGGACGAUGUGACCUCGACCGUGCUGAAGAAGCUGCUUCUCCCAGAGACUCACUUUCGAAACUACUGCUUCUAUCUGUUGACUGGUCUUGAUCCGGAUCCUUCUGCCUGUCGCCGCAUUGGUGACUCGGAACUGAUGAAAAUCUGUAGCGAUUCGGGCCGGACUGAGAGAAAUAGAUUAAUAUUACGAAAGAUCAAUGAUGGGCUUCCCGACGCCGAUGACCUACGCAAAGCAGCCAAGAUUGCGAAUGAUGAACAACAGAUUCUGCACAAUAAUGCCCUACAGACGAACAACAUGCGAAAUCAGAUCAAGCUUCAAAAGCUUACCGGCGAAUCGUGGCAUCACAUUCAAACUCCAAUGUCACCAGUCACGACAACCGACCGGAAUCGUAACAUCAUGGCAACUGCUGAUGAUCUCGAGCGUCAAGAAGCGCAACAGCAUCUGCGUAUCCAAAGCAACCAAAGCACCAAGUUACGGUCGUUUUUCGGCGCUAGACCCCCGAGCGAGAUGAUCGUCCAGGAAUUGACAACCUACUUUCCUGCUCAUCAGCGUGAAGACAUUGAGAAGACUAUGCGCAUGUCAGUUCGCCGUUCACAGCGCAUGAGCCGCGCAGCAAGUCGUUUGAGCGUCAUGAGCAAUGUCAGCUAUGCCUCAAGCCUAAAAGAUGCUCCUCCAGUACCCAGCAUUCCCAGCAUUGCUGAAUCCUGGCUCGCCCAGACUCCAGGACAGCCUAGGACGCCCGCAACGCGACCCUUGUCCGUAAUGUCGACCAGAUUCAACCUGCCUACCUCCUCAUUCCGAGAUUCAAUUGCAUCCUCGACACUACAUCCUUUGCAGGAGGAAUCCCCAGUAGAGCCAAAUCGAAAAUCUUACGUGUCCUUCGAUAGUGGAUCAGACACUGCACUUGGAGGCGAGCUAGUCAGGAGUAGUUUCAUCGAUGAUGGAGCUGGCACUCUUGGCUCCGAUGUCGUUAACGAACGUCUGUCUGUCAUUGUCGCCGAGGAUGGCGAGGAGGAAGAUCAAGCUCUGACCUCCUUCCUCAAAGGCAACAGUUUCGAUAAGCAGAAUUGGAUGAAAGGUGAUCUUAUCGGCGAGGGUUCAUUUGGCAGUGUUUACCUGGCCUUGCACGCUGUCACUGGAGAGCUCAUGGCCGUCAAACAAGUCGAACUACCAAAUGUGGCCAAGGGAACUGAAAGCGACAAGAAGAAAACAUCCAUGAUUGCUGCCCUCAAACAGGAAAUUAAUUUGCUGCAAGGGCUUCGCCACCCUCAUAUUGUUCAGUACCUUGGCACAUCGUCCGAUGAAGAACAUCUGAACAUUUUCCUAGAGUAUGUCCCUGGUGGAUCAAUCGCAGGGAUGCUCAAACAGUACAAUACCUUCCAGGAACCCUUGAUCCGCAAUUUUACCCGCCAAAUUCUCGAGGGCUUGUCCUACCUUCAUACACGAAAUAUCAUUCAUCGUGACAUCAAGGGCGCCAAUAUCCUUGUUGACAACCGCGGUGCCGUCAAGAUUUCGGACUUCGGUGUAUCCAAGAAAACAAACUUUAAUGGAAUGAAUUCCGUGCCUGGGACGAGAACCUCGUUGCAAGGUAGUGUUUUCUGGAUGGCGCCGGAAGUUGUUAGGCAAUCUGGACAAUCCAUCAAAUCUGACAUCUGGUCUGUCGGAUGUUUGAUAGUUGAGAUGUUCACAGGAGCCAGGCCAUUCCCCAGCAUGACGACUCUGCAGACACUGUUCGCCGUCGGCAGCAACAAUGAGAAACCUACAAUUCCUGAAAACGCAAGUGAAGACGCGAAGAAAUUCUUGGACCAAACAUUUGAGGCAGAUCAUGAGAAGAGGCCGGGUGCAGAUGAGCUGUUAAAGGAGAAGUUUUUGCAACCUAUGGCUUGAAUCUGAGUUGAAAGCCCAACCACGGCGAAUACCUCGUCUACUGGUGGAAGGUGGCAAGGACACUGAGCGGUGUCCGGUCAAACAUGGCAGACAUAUGGUUCUUUGUACGACUCUUGGCGUGGGAGUGGUCUGCCAGAUGGGUUAUUUCAGACACAGACUGACAUGUAUCAAGGUUUUUGAGCUGAAGAUAGAGAGAGAGACGGAUACUUAUGACCUGAGGACGUAAUUUUCCCUCUACAUUUAUUGUACGAGUUAUUAAUGCAUACCUUCUGCUUGAG